CAUUCAUAAAACAUCAGUCAAACAUCAACCUUCCACUCAGAGUGUGGUAGGUUUUCCUUACGGAAGCGUCGUCGCGCAUUCCAUUCAACUCUGUGCUCUUGUGCGUCCUGUGCGUUUUCCAAGGCUUUCCGGAGUGCGUUCGGAAAAUGAAAGUUUAAUUCCGCGAGUGAUAAUGCCCUCCAGACGACUGCAAACGACACGGGAAUCACGGUGGGUUUAAUGUAUUACGCGAAGCUGCUGUUGCUGAUUGCUGAAUCAUCGACAAAGGGCUGCAAUUUUCUAGUGGCUUUUCAUCCCCAGCAAAGAAAAUAAAGUGCAUUUGUUUACCCACUAUGGAGAAAAAAGUUUGUGUAGUGUAAGCUGAAGUGUGGAGAAAAAAAUCGAAAUCAUUCAAUGUGAAUGUUAGAAGGUCACGAUUAAGCAUUGUUCGAAAAGUUCAAGAUAGUGUUACCCUACAUACCAGAAAAGUGCCCCACUGAGACGAAUCGUAGCAGAACCUUCAAUUAGCGGACAGCAAAAGGAAUAAAAGAUGGUGCAACAAUACGAAUCUCCUGUUAGGAUAUAUAAAUAUCCUUUCGAGCUGGUUAUGGCCGCCUACGAAAGGCGGUUUCCCACUUGCCCGCAGAUGCCCAUAGUGCUGGAUUGUGAAAUAGUCGAGGACGCGAUUUCCAACAACGGAGCUAAGCGGGAAACGACCCGUCGCUGCAAGCUGGCCGUCGAGGCUCCGUAUCUGUUCAAGAAGAUUAUCGGCGUCGAUGUGGUAUUCUUCAUUCAGAAAAACUUUUUGGAUCUCAAAGCCCGUACACUAAACAUCGAAGCCACCAACGAAACCUUCAGCUCACGUAUCGAAAUCUUCGAGAAAUGCCGCUACUUUGCUCAUCCGGAGAAUCCGGACUGGACCUGCUUCGAUCAGACGGCCACGCUAGAUAUUAAGAACUUUUUCGGUUUUGAACACUCGAUGGAGAAGAUGGGCAUGAAGCAGUACUCGCAAACCACGCAGAAGGGUAAAGAGAUUAUUGAGUGUUUCAUCAAUGAGCUGAAAAAGGAAGGCGUCACCCACGUGGACAGAUGGAAAGAGGACGGAUCGGCAGAGCCAGCCACAACGGCAACGACGACGGUUUCGUGUACCAAUGAAAAACCGCCCCUUUCCCGUGAUAACAGUAUUCUCGAUGCCGACUACAUUGCAAAACAUCUGGGCCAACUAUCUCCACUACAGGAAUCCAAGUUGGUGCAAUUCCGCAAGCGUAUCGAGGAAUCCGGCGAACAUGGCGUGCCGGACUUCCCGACGUUGCUGCGAUUCCUGCGGGCUCGAGAUUUCAGCUUCGACAAGGCAGCCACCACGCUGCAGGAAUCUAUGCAGUGGCGUGCCGAGCAUCGAAUCGAUGACAUUCUCGGCGAGUACAAGAUGCCGACUGUGGUGGAGAAAUACUUCCCCGGUGGUUGGCAUCACCACGACAAGGACGGCCGACCGCUUUACAUCCUACGGCUGGGCACUAUGGAUGUGAAAGGUUUGCUCAAAUCGGUCGGAGAAGAUGAACUGCUGAAAUUGACACUGCACGUUUGCGAAGAGGGCCUGAAGUUGAUGAAAGAAGCGACGACACUUUUCGAGAAACCAGUUUGGAACUGGUGUCUGCUGGUGGAUUUGGACGGCCUGUCGAUGCGCCACUUGUGGCGUCCCGGCGUUAAAGCCUUGCUGCGGAUAAUCGAGACCGUAGAGAAAAACUAUCCGGAAACGAUGGGUCGGGUGCUAAUCGUGAGGGCCCCGCGUGUUUUUCCGGUGCUGUGGACUAUCGUUAGCGCAUUUAUUGAUGAAAAUACUUGCUCUAAGUUCUUAUUUUUCGGUGGACCCGAUUGCUUACACACAGAAGACGGCUUAGAGCAAUAUAUAGCAGCGGAAAACAUACCCAGCUUUCUGGGAGGAUCGUGUAACCCGAGCAUUCCCACGGUGGCGGAACCGGUACCAUCGAAACUGUUCACACGCUGCUUUCUCAGCGCGUGUCCCUGUACGCUCAUCCACGAGGGAGGCCUGAUACCAAAACACCUGUACAAGUCGGACUCGGUGGAGGAAAACAACGGGGCCCACCCUGCCCAUGAUCACCACGGACUGUACAAAUCGAUAGACCUCAAGCCGGGACAGAUGUUCGAACUGAUCAUCCGAAACACGGACCCAAAAUCGGUGCUCACGUGGGAUUUCGACGUGCUCAAGAAUGAUUUACUGUUUGCGCUGUACCGCACCGACACCGCAAUCGAGCAGAGCUUCAAUGGUGAUGCAUUUUCCUCUGUGUUCGACGGCGCUGAUUUUAAGGAAGGCGUCAACUAUACUAAGCUAGAAGACAAAGUAAAAUGUAGACCAAAAGAAGGCGUGCAAGGAUCUCAUGAAAUGGCGACAGCGGGUACCUACGUACUGCAGUGGAUGUGUCCACCCUCGUGCGAUGGACCUGCUCAGCUGAUGUAUUUCCAUGAAAUCCUUAGCUCAGCCAACUAUAAAGGCUCAAUGACCAGCCUACAAUCAGGGUUCUCUUCGAACAGUUUGCAAUCCCGAUGAGAGAUGUAAUCGACGAGACUGAAAAAGCCCGAAGAAGCCAUUGGUGUUGAAGUACUACAGCAACAAAAAAACACCAUUCUCCAAAAUUGAUGAAUCUCUAGUAACGGUGAUGAGAAAAAUAUGUGUCCUGAACGACGGAAACGAAAGCUAGAAAAAUAAUUAUAACAAAGAGAAACAAACAUUGAAGGUUGUACAUUCGUAACAAUAAGGAAGCAAUCGAAUUGAAAAAUCUGCAGGUUAAAACGGAUAAAAAUUAGGUUGACUAUGAUCAAUGGUGGGGUAAAAAACAUUAAAUCAAUUAUUGUAAAGUAGAACUCUAUAUAAAAGGGCUAAAAGUGAUUAGUAAAAUUAUAUGCCCAUGCGACUUAGACAUUGUAAGACAAUAUCAGAAACUAAGUGUAGCAACGCGUUAACUCUACUUGGACAGCAUAUAUAAAUCUUUACAAGCAAAUCAAGGCCGUGUAGCUUAUCACUGACACUAGAAUCGCUCGCGAAUUAUUUUUAUACGACAUGACGCACUUGGCGCAACUUUGCCGCUCUAUAGGAUGUUGGAGCGGAGAGGAUUGAUUUACAUUACAAAUUUUCUGAUAGAAGGCUAGAAUCUAUUGCUAACAAGAGUAACGCUUACUAAUAGACAAACCCAAUAUACCUGGAUGUAAAACCAUAUUUUAUACACGAUUGUUUUCGGAUCAGCAGCUGGAAAUCAAGAGUACACACGAAUAAAUGUACGAAACUUUAAAUACGUAUAUAUCAUGAGCUGAUGAUGAGUAAAUUCUAUACCUCACAUAUAAACUACACCGCCAAGUAGCACCCCUUGAAGCUAGCCGUUCGUUUCCCAUGUCUCUUACCCAAAAAAAACUGUACGUACUAAUGUUUGCUUAACAUUUCCGAAUCUCUGUUAUGGUUAACGAUUGUUCACCAGUGGAUAUCUCUAAACGUCACUAUUACAUGAUAGGGUAAACGCAGGCGAAGUUCUAUUUUUAUUAGCGCGGGUAGGAGAUGAUUACAUAGUAAUGUUCAAGAGUAAGUACUGCCCAUAAUUCAAAAAUUGGCUAAUAUGCCAUUUUUACCAAAAUCGAGAAAACAGUUUCUCGUGAUGGUACACACCCUAAACAAGGUCCCUACGGAAGCCGAUUGUCAAAAAAUGCAUUUGGGAAGGCAGCAAACGUGAAACAAUUUUGGCUAAUAUCCAGAAUAAUUGAGAAUUUGGCUAAUAUCCAAUAUCCAAUUUGAACCUGUGGCAUGUUCACGAACCAGUGUAUUAUUACUGAACUGUGUUUCUUCUAACUUUCGAAAGUGUGUUGUAGCUUGGUGGUUACUGGCGACAGGUGAGCGAUCGUAAGGCCAUUGCAUCAAAUUUGACUUUUUCACGAAGAAUAUUUGAUGCUACAAGAAUUUAUUUUUUGUACUGCGAAACUCAAUGAUCAAAACGUGUGACUGUUUCCUUCUGUCAUAAACCUUUACAUUUAAAAAAAUGAUAUUUAGCUCUUUGAUUAGGAGUAUUAUUAAUAAAGAUAAGAUUCAGAUUUCAUUUUGGAUUUGAUGAGAAAAAAUAGGAAAGUGGAUUGUGAGAUUACCAUGAAUAAUAAUAUUUUCGUUAUAUUAUUAUAUUGCCGCACGUAACAAUUGUUUCGUCGUCCUUUUCAUCCUCACUUGUGAUUCCGUGUUGUUUUAUUGAAUUUAAAACCAUUUGCAUCACCAACGAGUACGAUAUAAUUCACAUCGUAUGGAUAUUAGACAAAUUGCACACCGUUUUGUCAACUGACCUUUCGUUUAUUGUUGAAAAAACGGCUACUGUGUUAAAAAUACGUGGCGGAUGGAAUUUUUCUACAGAUUUCUCUGUUUCAACUCAACGGCAAGGGUCCAGCAUAUAUGAAGGGUGACAUACUCAAUAAAAAAGUUGUCAUGAGCAGUCAAAAUAUGUUGUACCGAUAAAAAACUUUCAAAGGCGUUUUUCUCGAUUUGAUGCCUACGGCAUAUUAGCCAAUUUUUGAAUUAUGGGCAGAGUAAUUUUCUGUGAUAAACGUAAUUAUUUUUGUUCAAACACAGAAUUGAAAUAUGUCGACAACAAAAUGCAAAACAUCAGAAUCAGUAUACGGAGCUACCACUAUUUUUUCGUCACUACUCUACUUUAGUUUUUUAUAAGGAAAAUAUUCUUCCGUUGUGUUCUUUGAAAACAUAAUUAAAAGUUGCGAGUAUAUGAACAAAAUUAAAAGUACUAACUUAAAACAGCUCCUACAACAAUUAAAUGAAUUUGCUGCUGAAUCAAUUCGCGGAAAACCAGAGUCGUCACCCACAAGUUAUUUGACACCAGCAGCAAAACGCAAUCGCGGUAGUUUGAGCAAAAUAAAAUGCUUUUGAAUAAAUUAAAAACUAUUCAUACGGUAACGGUACAGUAACUUUUCGUACAGUAAUCGAUACAAAUGUAUUGUAUCAUACCGGCAACUGCGGCAGUAUAUUUUUAAAACAAUGGAUGAUAAUUUAUCGACACAAUUUUGUACACAUUAUGGGUAGAGGUCUAGUAGAAAAUGAGAUUGAAUAAAGUAAAUUAAUUCUACUGUAAA